AUGUUUUUCUUUUUCUCAGUCACCACUUUGCUCCUGUUAUCACCUGCUAAAUGCUGGUUAUCUGACAAAUGCCUCGUCUAUGAAGAUAAAGUGAUGGAAGGCUGGUAUGGCGAUUGCCCAAGGAGAAUCCUUACAGCAAGCUGUCUAGACGUUACUGACCUGAAGCUGGACCUGGCUGUAAUCCCUCUUCAGAUUAACACUCUCUGCCUGAAAGCAGCUCGCGGACUGGAAAUACAUUCAAAUGCACUUAGCCGAUUUAUGGUCCUUGAAGAGUUGCACAUAAGAGGAUGUCCUGAGGUCGUUCAUGCCAGAGCUUUUAUGGGGUUGCCAAAUUUGUGGCUGUUAUCGCUUCAAUCUGAAAAGUGCUGCAGUUCAUCAAUUCCGUCAAACGCUUUUGGGCAUGCCUUGAGGGAACUGUAUUUGGACUACUACAAUGUGUCUGCAAUAGCAAUCGAUGCAUUUAAUGCACUGAGCGGUUUAAGAGCUCUGGAAAUCUUUGGAUGUGCAAGUGAGUUCCCGGAAAUUUCAUGCAGAAUUGCUAAAGUUUCAACAUCACUCAUCUCGCUGAAGCUCGAAGCCGAAGAGAUAGUCAUCUUGCGAAAUCGAAGUUGUGGUUUCUUGGAUGACGCUUUGCUUGCAGCUUCUAAAACCCUGAAAAAUGUCACUUUUAGCUUUCCGAAUCUAAGAUUUCUGGACAAAGGUGCCUUAAAAUACUUUCCGAAGAUUUGGGCUUUAAAAAUGCCCAUGAAUAACAAUUUGAAGACGCAGCUGUUGCAGUCUGGAGUAAGAGAGCUUGCGAGACUUGAGACAGAGCGUGUUAACAUUAGUACAGUUUGUGAAAUUGUACUUGGUCUUUCCAUUGAACACCUUGAUCUACGAUUGAAUAGUCAUUUUAAGCUUAAAUCUGAUACUGAACUUAAUGGAUGUCUUGGACUUAAAAAACUUCGACUUGCUGGCUCUUCAAAGCUUGUGGACUUGAGUUUCAUUCAUUUUUUCAAAAAUCUCACAGUCUCGGAGUUUGAACAUAUUCCACUGCAAUCACUUGACUCUCUCUGUGAAACUUCUGAUCCUGUUAAAUCAUUACAAAUGUUCUAUCUAUCUUAUGCUGACCACCUCAAGAUUACAAGAAGGUGUUUUUUUUGUCUAAAAAGUCUCAGUACUCUUAUACUACCUAAGAAUGGCAUAUCCGUGAUUGAAGACUUUGCAUUUGAAGGACUUGAAAAGUUGCAAGUAUUAAAUAUGCAGUCAAAUAAGUUAAUGGUUCUGACUGAACAGACUUUUAAAAGUCUUGACAAUUUGCGACAUCUAGAUUUGCUUGGAAAUAGGAUCUCCUCUUUAAACUUUGCUGUAUUUAAGGGCCUGAGUAGGUUGAAAUUCUUGAGUCUAAAUGACAACAAGAUUGCUCAGAUCACAGCAAAUCACUCAAUACCACCUCUGAGUCUGGAGAGUUUGGAACAGUUAGACUUGAAAAAUAAUGGCAUUUCUUAUAUUGAUGACUUUGCAUUCAAGCAAUUAAAAAGUUUGAAGAUAUUAAACCUAGAGCACAACAACAUUUCUGAAAUUAAGACGUUCACUUUCUCUGGGUUGGAUCGUUUAGAAUCACUGAUGCUUGACUACAAUGUGUUGAAACACAUAGAGGCCUCAUCCUUCACCAAAUUAGCUUCCUUACAGAAUUUCUCCAUCGGAUGCCUCAUGCAAGCCUCAACCAAGACAUCAAAGGUCCAGAUAAACUUAGGCUUUAUAUUUGGUACUUUCCCAAGCAACCUCACUCAUCUUUACAUCAGCUCCUGCAGCCGUCCCAUGAACAUAGUCAUUGGAAGCAACAGUGCUCCUAGACCUGGUCUUACUCUUCAAGUCUAUGGAAAAGAGGUCAGUCUUGAAGAGUGUGAGAGACCGUUCUUUCAGUCUGUGGUGGGCCUUAACAUUAUGACACAGCAGUUCUUAUGUGGCUCCCAGUUUCCUGGGAAGUAUUUCAAAUACUUGGAUAAUAUUUCGUUUCAGCCUCAAGUGAUGUCCAGUUUUGUAGAUCUAGUUGAUCUUAACACACUUUUGCACCUUAAAAAGAUAUAUUUCCAGAACACAGACUUCUCUGUACAGCCUCAUCUUAAAACAAUGUUCCACAAUCUUACCAAGUUAGAACAUUUACAGUUCUAUGAAUGCCGCAUACCUUCUUUGAACGAAGAUGUUACCAGAGACUUAAAGUCUCUGAAAAUUUUUACCCUCAUAGGGGCUUAUGAGUUUAGUUUAUUGGAAAACUUUCCAAGGCCACUUGUAAAUUUGCAGUUGCUCUUUCUGUCUAAUGUGGUGCUGCGUUGCAGCUGUGACAAUGCUUGGUUCAAUGAAUGGGCAGAGCUACAAAAGCAAAUUCAAGUGGCCAUGAUAAUGACUUAUGAAAAGACAGGUUACGCAUGUAAAGAUGCCAAUGGCCUUCACAGCUUCAAAAGGUUUGCCCAGGCUAACUGCUUCGUAGACAUGGAAUUUGUGUUGUUUGCAUCCACAUCUCUUGGAAUAUUCUUCUUCAUGUUAAUGAUUUUACUCCAUAACCUUGCUGGUGACUACCUUCUGGCCUUUAUUUAUAUUGCACGUGGUUGGGUGGAAGAAGCCAUGCGAGGGAACACUAGGGGAUGCUAUCAGUUUGAUGCCUUCGUCUCAUAUUGUGGAAAAGACGAAAGCUGGGUGGUGGAUGAUCUUCUUCCUAACCUGGACAAACGGGGGCCCCCUUUCCUGCGCCUCUGCUUGCACAGCAGGGAUUUUCAGCUUGGCCUGGACAUUGUAGAGAACAUCACGGACAGUCUAUACAAGAGCCGCCGCACCCUCUGCCUGGUCAGCCACCACUAUCUUCGCAGCAAAUGGUGCUUGUUAGAGAUGAGCCUGGCCACGCACCGCUUGCUGGCCGAGCAAAGAGACAUCCUGAUACUUGUGUUCCUGGAGAAGAUCCCUGCUCGACAUCUCUCAGCCCACCACAGGCUGGCUCGCUUAGUAAAGACAAGAACCUACAUAGACUGGCCUAAAGACCUCCCAAAACAGGCCAUAUUCUGGGAUAGACUGUGGGCCAAGCUAGCGUCAGAUCCUGUCAGAAGAAAGUAA